UUUUCCAUUUCGAUUCCAGUCUCAGUUCGAUUUCAUUUGAUCUGCUCUGCGGUCGUGCCUAUAGAGAUAUAUCCCUGGCACCAUGAAGGCGUGGAUCUGGUUUACGUUUGUCGCGUGCCUCUUUGCGGCAAGUACAGAAGCUGCCUCCAACUUAGUCUGCUACUAUGACUCUUCGAGUUACACCAGGGAAGGUCUGGGCAAGCUGCUCAAUCCCGAUCUGGAGAUCGCCUUGCAAUUCUGCAGCCACUUGGUCUACGGCUAUGCUGGACUACGAGGUGAAAACCUACAGGCGUACAGUAUGAACGAGAACCUGGACAUCUACAAGCAUCAGUUCUCCGAGGUUACCUCCCUCAAGAGGAAGUAUCCCCACCUGAAGGUUUUGUUGAGUGUGGGCGGCGAUCAUGACAUCGACCCUGAUCAUCCCAACAAGUAUAUCGAUCUGCUGGAGGGCGAGAAGGUUCGUCAAAUUGGAUUCAUCCGAUCGGCCUAUGACUUGGUUAAGACCUACGGCUUUGAUGGAUUGGAUCUGGCCUAUCAGUUCCCCAAGAAUAAGCCCAGGAAGGUUCACGGUGAUCUGGGACUGGCAUGGAAGAGCAUUAAGAAGCUGUUCACCGGCGAUUUCAUAGUGGAUCCACACGCAGCCCUUCAUAAGGAGCAGUUUACCGCCUUGGUAAGGGAUGUAAAGGACUCCUUGAGAGCUGAUGGAUUCCUGCUCAGUCUGACUGUGCUGCCCAAUGUAAACUCAACUUGGUACUUUGAUAUUCCCGCUCUGAAUGGCCUGGUGGACUUUGUGAACCUGGCUACCUUCGAUUUCCUGACACCAGCUCGUAAUCCCGAGGAGGCGGACUACAGUGCUCCCAUCUACCAUCCCGAUGGAUCAAAGGAUCGCUUGGCUCACCUUAACGCUGAUUUCCAGGUGGAUUACUGGCUAUCUCAGGGAUUCCCAUCUAAUAAGAUCAAUUUGGGAGUUGCCACCUAUGGUAAUGCAUGGAAACUUACCAAGGACUCGGGUCUCGAAGGAGUUCCUGUGGUGCCGGAGACAAGUGGACCAGCUCCCGAGGGCUUCCAGUCCCAGAAGCCCGGAUUACUCAGCUAUGCUGAAAUCUGCGGAAAGUUGUCCAAUCCCCAAAAUCAAUUCCUCAAGGGCAACGAUUCGCCACUGCGAAGAGUUUCUGAUCCCACCAAGAGAUUCGGGGGCAUAGCUUAUCGCCCAGUGGAUGGUCAGAUAACCGAGGGCAUUUGGGUGAGCUACGAUGAUCCCGACUCCGCCUCCAAUAAGGCAGCCUACGCCCGUGUCAAGAACCUAGGGGGCGUGGCGCUGUUCGAUCUGAGCUACGAUGAUUUCCGUGGACAGUGCUCAGGCGAUAAGUAUCCCAUUCUGCGAGCCAUCAAAUAUCGUCUAUAAAACGAAACACGACAUUUAAUACUUUAAAUAAACAAUUAUUCAAUACAUAUAAAA